AUGCUCCGCUCUACCGUUCUCCUCGCUUUGCUGGCCGGAAGCCUCGCGGUGGGCCUUGAUAUCAAUGCCAACACUAACCUGACCGAAUUGCCGAUGAAUAGCUUGUUUACGAAGUGGCGUCCGACAUAUCAUUUUACUGCUCCUCGGGGGUGGCUGAACUGGAACCCCAACGGUGUCCAGUGGGGCAACAUCUCCUGGGGCCAUGCUGUCUCCCGCGACAUGGUAGACUGGGUCGACGUGGGCGGGUGGAAAGGCGACGCCGCCGCAGCCCUAGUGACUGGGCCGGGCACCUAUGAUUCCAAAGGAGUAUUCUCCGGCACCGGGCACGCUGUCAAUCUCCAAGGCGAGGUCAAUGGCACUCUCGCGCUCUUCUACACCAGUGUGAGCGCUCUACCAACGGCCUGGAACAUCCCGUACAUCCCGAAUACCGAAUCGCAGUCAUUCGCUCUCUCCCACAACGGCGGGGAGACGUGGGGGAAGUAUCCUGGUAACCCGAUUAUGAUCGAUCCCCCGAGUGGGUGGAACAUCACCGGCUGGCGUGAUCCUUUCUACCUUCCCUGGCCGGAAAUGGAUGCUCUUUUGAACAAGACCGAACCACAUUGGUAUAUGGUUAUGGGAAGUGGAAUCCGUGGUGUUGGGCCGAGGAUUCCGUUCUAUUCUGCGCCCGCUAGGAACCUUACUCAGUGGACUUUCUUGGGCGCGCUUUGGGAGCCGAAGAAUAACGAGACAUUUGGGGAUGUGCUGGAGACGGGGUCUUAUGGGUUUAACUUUGAGGUUUCCGGAUUUUUCUCAUUGAAAGAUAAGCAGGGAAAUGAUCACUUUUUUGCUACUAUGGGAGCUGAGGGAGGUGGCGUCCCCGGACACGGGCGUUGGUCGUUGUGGGCCGAGGGAGAGAUGAGUCGUCGCGCUAAUGGCUCCGCUCAAUUCGACCCUGUCGCCGUUGGAGCUGCAGAUUGGGGUAAUCUCUACGCUAUCACCAGCUUCAACGACACCAAAGGGUGUCGCCGCGUGACCUGGGGUUGGAGUCAGGAGGACAUGAACGACUACGGCGUGAACGCCCAAGGCUUUCAAGGCGCCAUGGGCCUGCCCCGGGAACUCUUCGUCCACAAGACCUACAAGGUGGUAGCAGACAACAAAACCGCCAGCACUCCAACAAACGCAAGGUACUCCAAGCCCGGUCCAGACGGAACCUUCACCCUGACGAGCCUGGGCAUAAAGCCUCUCCCAGGCGUGGUCGAGCGCCUGCGCCGAAGAGCACAGCAGCACCAGAUCAAGGACAGGAGGUACACAUGCCCGGAGAAACUGGAUGGCAUUUCCUCCGACCAUUUCGAAUUAUCGGCCACCAUUCGCGGGGGGGCGGACGGCCCGGUCGGGUUCACGGUUCGCGCCUCGCCGGGGGGUGAGGAGGUCACCACCAUCACGUUCGAUCCAGCAAACAACCUCGUCGCCGUCGAUAGGUCAAAGUCCUCGCUCAUCAAACAGUUCAGCAAUCUCACCGCGAGCGGGGACUACAAACCUUACACAAUCUCCCACCGCCGUGAUAUCGGCCACGGCGGUGAAGACUAUGGCGUGGGAGAAGCAGCAGUAGUCGAGGACAUAGAAAUGAACAUCUUCGUCGAUGGAAGCCUCGUGGAGGUAUUCGUCGGCGGCAGGUUCGCGCUCACAACCAGGGUUUAUCCGGCCCGUGAUGAUGCGCUCGGUGUCGGGGUUUAUGUCGGCGAGGGGGUUGAAGCCGAGAUCGUGGAUCUGAAGGUCUGGAGCGGGACCGGGAGUGUCUGGCCCGAGAGGCCGGUGGACACUUCGAACACCACAUCUGCUGCUUGA